AUCUUGCGUAUAUGUCGUUCGUGAAUAGCUAAUUUGUGGCGCUUCCGACCAACGUGUACUUGUGGAUGUGGCAGAAGCGUCAGCCCGGCUUACGACGUGUCCGACUGCGGUGCCCUCACAAGUGUUGUUGUGGUUCGUGAAGAUUCUGACGUUGUCAAUUGCCCCUCAACCGCCAGUGCCAUGUUUGCCAGGCUGGCCCUCUGCUCCCGCCAGCCAUCCAGAAACUGGCAGUCGAAUGGCUCUCCAGUCUCCAUCAGAGCCUUUUCACAAUCUAAAAUCUACCUGCCACGUCCCCACGGGAAGUCCUUUGCCCACCGCAGCGAGCUGAAGCAGGCCAAACGCAUUGUGGUGAAGCUGGGGAGUGCUGUGGUGACACGCGGUGAUGAGUGCGGCCUGGCUCUGGGGCGACUGGCCUCAAUAGUGGAGCAGGUGGCGGUGCUGCAGAAUCAAGGGAGGGAGAUGAUGAUCGUCACCAGCGGUGCUGUGGCGUUUGGGAAGCAAAGACUGAGACAUGAGAUCCUGCUCUCUCAAAGUGUCAGACAAGCCUUGCAUUCUGGACAGAACCAACUCAAAGAAAUGUCAAUUCCAGUAUUAGAAGCAAGGGCAUGUGCGGCUGCCGGACAGAGUGGUCUGAUGGCGUUGUAUGAAGCUAUGUUCACCCAGUACAGCACCUGCACUGCACAAAUUCUGGUCACCAACCUGGAUUUCCAUGAUGAGCAGAAGCGUCGCAACCUGAACAGCACACUCUAUGAACUGCUGCGGAUGAACAUAGUCCCCAUCAUCAACACCAAUGAUGCUGUUGGCGCACCCCCUGUUCCCAACAGUGACCUACAGGGCGGAAAUGUGAUGAGCAUCAAAGAUAAUGAUAGCUUGGCUGCCCGGCUGGCUGUUGAAAUGAAAGCAGACCUCCUCAUUGCCCUGUCUGAUGUUGAAGGCUUAUAUGACAGUCCCCCAGGAACAGAUGAUGCCAAGCUUAUCGACAUAUUCUAUCCUGGAGACCAGCAGUUGAUCACGUACGGCACCAAGUCAAGAGUCGGCAUGGGUGGCAUGGAAGCCAAGGUGAAAUCAGCGCUGUGGGCACUAGAGGGUGGGACGUCUGUUGUCAUUGCCAGCGGCACACAUCCUAAAGUCACAGGCCACGUCAUAACAGACAUUGUGGAAGGGAAGAAAGUUGGCACUUUUUUCUCAGAAGUGAAACCUGCAGGUCCAACUGUGGAGCAGCAGACAGAGAUGGCCCGGCACGCAGGCAGGUCUUUGGCCUCCUUGAACCCUGAACAGAGAGGAGAGAUCAUCUACUCUCUUGCUGAGUUGCUCACAGAAAAGAAAGAUGAGAUUCUCAGUGCCAACAGGAAAGACCUGGAGUUAGCAACAGCAUCAGGUCGUCUCUCCCAAGCUCUGAUCAACCGCCUGAGUCUGUCAACUGCUAAACUCAACAGCCUAGCCAUUGGUCUUCGUCAGCUUGCUGUUUCCUCGAUGGACAGCGUGGGUCGGGUGAUAAGGAGGACCAGGGUGGCCAACAACCUGGAGCUGGAACAGAUCACUGUCCCCAUUGGUGUCCUGCUGGUCAUCUUUGAGUCUCGUCCUGAUUGUCUCCCUCAGGUGUCAGCUCUGGCUAUUGCCAGUGGAAAUGCUCUGCUACUGAAGGGGGGUAAAGAAGCUGCCAACACUAAUAAAAUUCUACAUCAACUAACCCAGGAAGCUCUUUCCAUCCAUGGAGUGUCAGACGCCAUUCAACUGGUGAGCACGCGUGAAGAAGUUGAGGAUCUCUGCAGACUAGAAAAGAUGAUAGACCUGAUCAUUCCCCGGGGCUCGUCCCAGCUGGUCCGGGAAAUCCAAAGGGCAGCUAAGGGUAUUCCUGUACUGGGCCACAGCGAGGGCGUCUGUCACGUCUACAUAGACAGUGAUGCCAGCAUAGACAAGACCAUUGAUAUUGUCAGGGACUCCAAAUGUGACUACCCUGCAGCCUGCAAUGCAAUGGAGACUCUCCUUAUUCACAGAGAUUUGUUGCGAACUCCUAUAUUUGACCAGAUCAUUGAUAUGCUGAGAACAGAACACGUCAAGAUCCAUGCCGGCCCCCAGUUUGCAUCCUAUUUAACUUUCAGCCCGUCCGAGGUGAAGUCUCUGAGGACAGAGUAUGGGGACCUGGAGUGCUGCAUUGAGGUGGUAGACAGCAUGCAAGAUGCUGUGGACCACAUCCAUAAAUAUGGCAGCUCCCACACUGAUGUUAUUGUCACAGAUAAUGAAGAAACAGCUCAACAGUUUCUGCAGCAGGUGGACAGUGCCUGUGUAUUCUGGAACGCCAGCUCUCGCUUUGCUGAUGGCUACCGGUUUGGUCUAGGAGCUGAAGUUGGUAUCAGUACAGCACGGAUACAUGCCAGAGGUCCAGUGGGCUUGGAGGGGCUUCUGACCACCAAAUGGAUCCUUCGAGGGGAAGGGCACACAGUGGUGGACUUCUCUGAGCAAGGCAGUUUGAAAUAUCUACAUGAGAACAUCCCAGUCCCCCACAGGAGUUUUAAUUAGUUGCCCAAACAGAGAGCCAUCACCAGGAGUGAAAAUGACUUACGUUUACCCAGUUAUUUCAAGGUGUGUCUCCUGAUAGCACUUAGCUGCAGCUUCAUCACCUGUGUAAAUUCACUAUGUUGGUCAAGGAAGCUUUCAUGCAGAACUGAGGCUAAUCUUACUGGACCUGUGAACCUGUGCAUAAACCACAAGUCUUUUUUAAGAUAAAUACUCAUCUCCUGAAAAAAAUGACUGGUUGUACCUCAACUGAUAAAGUAAACCAAUUCCGUUAUGUACGUGUGACACGUAAUAGGUGAAACAAAUGGUAUACAGACAAAGCUGUUAAAUCUGUAUAGUCCGUUUUAUAGUGGCAGAAAAAUAAAUCAUUGCCCCAGCUGUGAUUUUCUAACUUAUUUUUCUAUGAACAAACUCUCCCUCGCUGUUUUUGUAAUUGACUGUUUGUGCAGGAUCUUGGUUCAGUUUUAUUUUCUUGUCUUUUUUGCACAGAUGUAAUAAAUAUGCUGUACAGUU